CACGCCGGAGCCGGACAAAGAUAUAUUCCGUUAUCGGCAUUCUUAUCGUUUUUAUCUUCAUCUUCAACACCAUCACACUUUCAGAAGGCCUGGCCUUCUAAAGAUUGAAAUGACAAUUUCAUAAACGCUCAGUCGGGAUGUCUCAGGGAAAGUCCUUGGCGUUAAGCCAAGGCACCUUCCUACAGCCUCCUUCGGAAGAUGAGGGAGACGUGCGGGAACCGUCGUUGGAGAGACAGAAACGACACGCUAAUCUCUACGAUGCCAUUGCAGGACGCGUGGCCGCGGGUGGAUUCGUGUCUACAUCGCAGAGGGUUGCAAGAUACCGCGACCGAACAUCUUCCAGCACUACUGCAGUACGACCGGAAGAAGUCUUAUUUCGACGCCAGAGCGCCCCUAUUCGUUACGAAGAAAACGAUUUCUACUUCGCACACGAGGAUCUUCCACCGGACUGUUCCCUUCCGGAUUCUGAAAUGCUGCAAGCAAUACACUCUUACUGCUCGGAUUUCUACGACAGAGCAACACUGGAUCGAGGCCAGGAUGAUUUUCGAAGUAUGGACGAAACUGCAUUGAUUGCUAUGGGUGUGUUGCUCGAGGAAAUGGCGGCUGAGUCUCUUGGGGAAACGGGAGACCUGGUCCUCGUGGAAGGUGAAAUGGUUUCGGAGAACGAAGGCCAGUCAAGUCUCUUAUCACGAGUGAGAACUGGUCGAAAGAGGAGGAGUACAGGCGUCAGCACGAUAGGUGCAAGUUCUGGGGAGCAGCUGCCCAGCGUGCUCAAGAAGCAGAGGAAGAGGCGCAAGCUUACCCGCACAGUGUCUGCUGCUAAUACAACCACAGGAGAGGAGGAAGGGUGAAGGGACGAGGGAACUAGUUAUCAUGGCUGAUGAUUAAUUCUAGCCAUCUUUUCGCUAGGGCGCAUUGCCUUACUAGUGACACAAAUCUU